AGAAGGCAGUGCAUUGUGGGAUGUCGGUUUAUGGAGAAGUCAAGAUGGCUGUGAACCUCAGGCAGAGCAAAGAGCCUGCUGUACGAAGGCCGUUAAUGAAGUUUUGAAUAAAAUAUCCCGUUUAGACUUAAACCAACGUGCUAUUGAAGGUGUAACCAUCCCGUGGAGGACUUGAUACAAACACAGACAGCAACAGGAUAAGAAACAACUGAGGAUAAAGUGUCGUAUGAAUUCCGACGAGAAGGAGGACUGUGAGUGUGCGCCACUACAGGCCGAGACUAUCCCCGCAGAAGGAACACAUAGAGAAUACGAGGAGCCUGAAAUAGAAAACCCAGAAGCAAGCCGAAUGAAGCGAGCAGCUGCCAAACAUCUAAUAGAGCGCUACUACCACCAGUUAACCGAGGGCUGUGGGAAUGAGUCGUGCUCCAACUCAUGGUGUGCCUCAUCAGUCGGUUUCAACCGCAUGGAUAACAACGCAGCGGCCGUCAAAGCGCUGGAGCUCUACAAGGUCAACGCUAAGCUAUGUGACACCCACCCCUCAAAGAAAGUCACUGCCUCAGCCCACCUGGAGAGUAGCGCUCACAGCAACUCAGCCUGCAGCAACAGCCAGUUGAACCAUAAAGUUUCCCACUCUGUCCGGGACAAUUUCAAAGAUGUGAAUUACCUGACAGAAGAGAAAGUGUACGAGAUUUUGGACAUCUGUGGAGAGCAGGAAGAUUACUCGCCUCUGAUCCGGGUAAUAGGCCGGGUGUUCUCCAGUGCUGAGGGCCUGGUGCAGAGCUUCCGGAGAUCCAAACCUCACACCAAGGAGGAGCUCAAGUCCCUUCAAGGUAAGGAUGAGGACAAGGAUGAGGAUGAGAAGGAGGCCGCAGCCUGCUCUGCUACAGCUAUGGAGGAAGACUCCCCUGCCUCCUCUUCAUCAGCCAGGCUCGGCGAGGGCUCCUCAGGGGAAAACGAAGUCCAAAGGCUGUCCCCUGACGAGCUGUCGGUGGACAUUGACGCUGUGCGGCGGGUCUACGAGCGGCUGCUUUCCAAUGAGAAGAUAGAAGCCGCCUUCCUGAAUGCGCUGGUUUACCUCUCACCCAACGUAGAGUGCGACCUCACGUACCACAACGUGUACUCACGAGACCAAAACUACCUGAACCUGUUUGUUAUAGUGAUGGAGAACAGCAACCUCCACAGCCCGGAGUACCUGGAGAUCGCCCUGCCACAGUUCUGCAAGGCGAUGAGUAAACUCCCCCUGCCAGCCCAGGCCAAGCUGGCAGGCUUGUGGUCGCACUACAGCGCAGAGCAGAUCCGACGCAUGGUGGAGACCUUCCAGCAGCUCAUCACCUACAAGGUGAUCAGUAACGAGUUCAACAGCCGAAACCUGGUCAACGACGACGACGCAGUGGUGGCAUCCACCAAGUGCUUGAAGAUUGUCUACUAUGCAAACGUGCUCGGCGGCGACCUGGACAUGGAGCACAACGAGGACGAGGACGAGGAGCCCAUCCCGGAGUCCAGCGAGCUCACUCUGCAGGAGCUGCUGGGGGAGGAGCGGCGGAACAAGAAGGGCCCCCGGGUGGACCCCCUGGAGACAGAGCUGGGGAUCCGCACCAACGACUGUCGGAAGCCGCUCAUUUCCUUCGAGGAGUUUGUCAACGAGCCUCUGAACGAGGUGCUGGAGAUGGACAAGGACUACACUUUCUUUAAGGUUGAAACUGAAAAUAAGUUCUCCUUUAUGACAUGCCCUUUCAUUCUGAACGCCGUCACAAAGAACCUGGGUCUGUAUUACGACAACCGCAUCCGCAUGUACAGCGAGCGGCGCAUCACUGUGCUCUACAGCCUGGUCCAGGGUCAGCAGCUCAACCCCUAUCUGAGGCUCAAAGUGCGCCGAGACCACAUCAUCGACGACGCGCUGGUCAGGCUGGAAAUGAUAGCAAUGGAGAAUCCUGCAGACUUGAAGAAGCAGCUGUAUGUGGAGUUUGAAGGAGAGCAAGGUGUCGAUGAAGGAGGGGUCUCCAAAGAGUUCUUUCAGCUGGUGGUGGAGGAGAUCUUCAACCCAGAUAUCGGCAUGUUCAGAUACGACGAGCACACCAAAAUGUUUUGGUUCAACCCGUCAUCAUAUGAAAAUGAGGGCCAGUACACUCUGAUUGGAAUCGUUCUGGGCCUGGCCAUCUACAACAACUGUAUUCUGGAUGUCCACUUUCCUAUGGUGGUCUACAGGAAGCUGAUGGGAAAGAAAGGAACCUUCAGAGACCUGGCUGUCGCAAACCCGGUUCUGCACCAGAGUCUGAAGGAGCUGAUGGAGUACGAGGGCAGCGUGGAGGAGGACAUGAUGAUCACUUUCCAGAUUUCCCACACGGACCUGUUUGGGAACCCGCUCAUGCAUGAUUUAAGGGAAAAUGGGGACAAGAUUCCAGUCACGAAUGAAAACAGAAAGGAAUUUGUGGCUCAGUAUGCCGAGUACAUGCUGAACAAAAGCGUGGAGAAGCAGUUCAAAGCGUUCAGGAGAGGCUUCCACAUGGUCACCAACGAGUCGCCGCUCAAAUACCUGUUCAGACCGGAGGAGAUCGAGCUCCUCAUCUGUGGAAGCAGGAACCUGGACUUCCUAGCACUUGAAGAAACAACGGAGUACGAUGGCGGUUACAACAAAGAUUCUCGAAUCAUCAAGGAGUUCUGGGAGACGUUGCACUCGUUUGGGGAGGAGCAGAAGCGCUUCUUCCUGCAGUUCACCACAGGCACUGACAGAGCACCUGUGGGGGGGCUGGGCAAACUGAAGAUGAUCAUCGCCAAGAACGGCCCCGACACGGACAGGUUACCGACGUCUCACACUUGCUUUAACGUGCUGCUGCUGCCGGAGUACAGCUGCAGGGAGAAGCUGAAGGAGAGGCUGCUGAAAGCCAUCACCUAUGCCAAAGGGUUUGGCAUGCUCUGAGCCCCCCCCCCCCUCCCCCCCCCCCCCCCCCCCCCCCGCUCCAUCACACAGUGAAACGGACUCCUACUCAGCAAGCCCAUGAAACCCUGCACCGCCUUUCCUUAUCAGACUCAACUGAAAAAGGUGACAGAAGACAGGCACGAGUAUGAUUUCAGGAAAGUCCUUAAAGAACGAGGAGCAAUGGUUCCACUAGAGCUGCUGUGCCUGCAUCAUCUGUCAUCAGUCAUUGUAAGCACAGAGACCUCCUGAUCAAAGUACCCCUCCCCCCUCAUCCACAUUACGUCAAUGUGAAGCAGUGUCCCCGUCUUUUUCUAUGUACAGAGAGGAUCAUUUUCCUUAUUAUUUAUUUUAAGGUUAAAAUGGGUUAUUUUUCAAUGCUAUCUUUAUGUGCAAGUUACCUACUUGGGGAAAGAGGGAGGGUUACUGUUAAACUAUCUCAAUCUGGAACAAUUCAAUCAAUACAACCCCCGUUAUUGAACAAAUAUAUGUUAAAGUAGACCUGAACUUUCCCCAGUGGACCGAGAACAUGUAGAGUAAUCUUUACCACCAAAUAAGCAGGAUAAAGCUCUCGCAGACCAUUCCACUCACAGCCAUCUGCUACUGUUUCUACCUAACCCAUGUUUGAACACGGUAAACAUUUAGGUCAUAAUGACACAUUAUGACAAAGCUGUUUUUUCUUUUUUUGGUCCCUUUUUUCAUUGGGGGGGGGAGGGGGGCACCGCAGGUUAGACUAAAAUAAUGUCAGAGCUGUGUAAGUGCACUUAGACAUUUUCAGAAUGUUUGUUUUUUGGCCACAGGUCGCCAUGAUUGUUUGAAGCGUUUUAUUUCCAUGUCUUCCUGUGUUGACGAUUCUAAAUAAAACAGUAUUUAUAUAUCAGCGCGGUUGGAACUAUGUGCACGUUUUGGAGGAUGUACACGUGUAGAUCAGUCACUGAUGAUGAUCUCAGAUACAGACCUGGAGCUCUUCUUGUGCCAAGCUGACCCCAGUACUCAGUACUAUACUCAGUCCAUUGGACCUGUGUCUCUUGCUAUGGUUCCACCUUUCCAUUUAAUACUUCUUCAGUGUGAGAGACCCUUCCUCUGCUGAUCUGAGGUCUCACUGAUGUAUCAGCAUCUUCAGUGUGAGAGACCCUUCCUCUGCUGACCUGAGGUCUCACUGAUGUAUCAGCAUCUUCAGUGUGAGAGACCCUUCCUCUGCUGACCUGAGGUCUCACUGAUGUAUGCUUAUUAGUCUAGUUGCCAGCUCAUUGUGAACCUGGAAAUGUUAUGAUAGAAAUGUAUAGUAUGGGUCCCCAGCACAUAGUAACUGCCAGACGCUAACUUGCAAUUUACACAAUUAGCAUACAUUGCGUUAAUUAGCAUUAUAGCUAAUGUGGACAAAAGUUAAAAGAUGCAACGUAUGCUAAUUUAGCGAAUUGCCCAAUAUAUGAAACUUAGCAUCCUGCCGUUUCUAUGUGCUGGGGACCACUACUAUACAUUUCUAACAUAACACUUUGGGGUACUCAACGUUUCCGGGUUCACUAUGCUGCCAACUAGACUAUAUAGGAGAUGGGGAAACAUUAUUUAAUAGAAACUAUUACAUUUUAGUUUGCUUUUCCUAAUUAGCAUCAAGUCAAGUUGGGCUGGAAGCAGGCAGAACAUUCCCUCUAGAACAUGAGUCCACCAUAUUUCAGUUUCACAUAUGUAGCAAGGCCAGGCUAACGGCCAUUCUGAUGCCUCUGUUCGGAGUUAGCGUGUUGGCUCUGAUGAUUUCUGUUUGGAUAUGUUGCAUUCAAUGACUACAGGUGUCUAACAAAAUGUGUUUGAUAGCACUUUUACUGUGAAAGCAUCCUCCAACAGAACAGGCAGAUGUUUUUAUUUCACUUGGUCAGUUGAGUAGGCUUAACCCUUUAAACACCUGUCUACAGACUGUGUGCACUGUGCAUUAGGGCAAGCUGCGCAAUGCAUCAGACACCCAAACAUUAUUUACAUGCUUAUUUAAAUAAAAUGGAACUUGUUGCGUUAUGCACAUCCAAUAACAAUGGUGAGUGUAAUACAGUCUGUGUUUUUAUGCAUUUAUUUAAUGAAAUCUGAAUAGUUUUCUACCAUUCUUUGCGUCCAGCGCAUCAACCACUUUGUGAACAUCCACUUAUGUCCAAGUCAGAUUAUCAUUUGGAGCUAGUGUCACUACCAGACAUUUUAAUGAACACACCUACAUGUUGUUCAUUGUGAUGGAUUACACCACAUUUCAAGAGUCUGCUUAUAUAUUUUCUUACCAGCAGGAAAUGAAUGCCAACGGUGACCUUGAACAAUGUAUAGAAUACUCCCAAAAAAACUAUAGCAGACAUUUGGACAUCAGAAAUGUAAUGUGUAUACAAAGACAUUUACUUCUAAAUGCUCCAUGACCCCUCAUCCUCAGAAUGGUUGGACCAGUCGAUGCAUAGAAGCUUUCAAACACAUCCAUUAGUCCCUGUCAGUGAAUGCAGCUGGCUCAGGUGUAAUCACUUGACCCACAUAUCAUUAGUGGUUGUAGUAGACAAGUCCCUCUCUUUAAAGACGUCUUUAAUGUGAGUCCUCCUAGAUCUUUCUCUAGCUGUUUGCUUUAAUGUCCAGUACCAAUCGAGAGUCACCAGAAACAGACAACAUCCACUGUCUGUGAACACCAGAGCUCACCUGCGAGAGAUCAACGAGGACAUUCACAUGUUCAGAGCAGAUGCGUCAUGUGUGUAGGUUGUUAGAGAGGUUCUGAUUUGUGUUUCAGCUGCGGCAGGGCCCCCCAGCAGAGCGCCCGGGCCCUUCUCUGUUCCAUUGCUCUUACUUUGUCAUGCUUUCAGCCGGACCUGGGCCAAAUCCAAACUUAGUAUCGAUGUUUUUAACCUCCUUUGGACCGUUUUGUGGAGUGCCUGGUGAUGUGGACACACAUUGGACUGUACUGCAUGUUCGCAACAGCCUCAACCCUCUUGUGUCGCUUAAAACCAAGAAGGAGGAUUUCCUACAGCUGAUAUUGAGCCCAGGUCUGGUGUCAGCUGUCCAACAUCACUGUUGCUCACGUGGACGUGUGAAAGGUCAACCUGAGUUUGGAAAGGGAAGCUGUUUUCUUCAAUAUAAUUACACUCAAAAUAUACAAACUGAUGAAAGGCUACAUGUAUUCAGUGUUGUGAAAACAUGAUAAAUAAAUAAAUGACAGCUUUUUUCCAA